AAGCCUGUGUUCACAGUAGGCACAAUCAAUAAAGCAAAAGAUAGGUUGAAUGUAAGUGAGGGAGAAAAGCACAAAGCUGUUCUUAGAGCAGAUUUGGAUACAGAGGUGACAAGGUUGGAGGAACACUUGAGGAAUGUGAAGAGACAAAGAGAGGAGGCAAGGACCAUGAAGGCUAACACAAAGCCAGUCAAAGUCAGACUGAAGCAAAGUGCCAAGUCAAGCAAGAUUAUUAAUGUUGUUACAUUGACACACUGUGAGUUGUUUACAAUAGCUCUAGAGCUCAAGUGCCAGUAUGCAGCUAAGCUUAUGAGGAUGACUCAGAUGCAUGACAAAAUGCUGAACAAGGCCAGAAGUGGACCUGUGAAGGUAGAGGAGGAAGAGACAAGUGAGGAAGCAAGGACCAACAGUAGAGAAGAUCAGCACACAGGUACAAGCAUUACAUACAAGGACAACAAAGCACAGUCAAGCCCAGCAGCAGAGCUGAGAACAAGCAGAUUGUACAGGAAAGUAGUGGAUUACAUCAGAUUGAAGCAGAGCAGAGGAGCAAGUGUGGCAAACAAGGCUGGAAGUGUACCAGUAAGGAUGAGGGAGAAUAGUACAAUGGAUGAGCAGCAGAGGCUGUUGCAAAGGGCAGUAGUAAGCCAGAUGAACAAGGUCAGAAGUGUAUCUAAACACUUGGGAGUACUAAAGGAGCAAGUGCAGACAAACCUCAGGCCAGCAAAUGCAGGAUCAAUUGUGAUCAAAGGUGUCAUUCUAAGACUCAAGGUGUCAGUAGGUGGAAUAUUAAUAGUGAUGCCAGUUCAUGUAGUAAAGGACACAAUGUUUGACAUGAUAAUUGGGAGGCUGUUCUUUGCAUUAACUGAGUGUGAGACAAAGGAUUUCAAGGACAGUAAUCAGAUUUUAACCUUGACAGACCCAGCAGAUCAGAACCAGAAGUGUCAGGUUGAGACCUGAGCAGCUGUUGGAUGAAACCCACUACUCACUACUACUACCAUCUAUGUUAGAGUUGGAGAGGAUUGGUCUGGCAAGCCUUUGGCCUUGGUACAGGUUACAUUCUCUUUACUCUAACAUUCCCUUAUACCCCUUUCUUUUAUGGACACUCAUUCUUACUUGAGACUCACACUCUUUGUUUCUUUAUCUUACUUUGAUUGAUACCUUUUAUCCUUACCCACACUCCUUAUGCUUACUCUUCAUUAUUGCUUCUUAAAGCAAGUGACUGAGGACAGUCACUAUUUAAAGCUUGGGGAGGUGAAGAGUUCUGAUUUUAGUUACUAUCAGAUCUUCUUGAUUUUAUUAAUUCUUUGGAUUACAUAAUCACUUUCUUCAUGUAGUUAGUUCUUUCCUAUUUGGAAUGGAAAGGGGAGUUUUGACCAGAGCCCACAACAACACUAGAGGGAACAAGCCCACCAAAACCUUGCCUCUCA